GGGGCUGCGGGGGGCGCGGGGGCACGGCCGCCCCGUCCGUGUGUCCCCGUGUCCGUCUGUCUGUCCGUCUGUCCGUCCGUCCCCGCGGGGUGUCCCGGUCCGGCAGGCCCGGGGUGGCUGUGCCUCCACGAGUGGCACCGGCACGUGGCGCGGCCCGGCCGUGGGGCGAUGCUGCCGGCGGCCCGGGGCUGGGCGUCCCGAGCGCCUCCUGGGACACCCCCGGCUGUGGCACCGGGCGUGCGGCCGUGCCGGGCGGCAGCGCUCGUAGUGCCCCGUGCCCACCGCCCGCACACACCGGGCUGGUGGCCGUGCUUGGUGCUGCCUGGCUGGCGGCGGUGCCAUCGGGCGGCGGUGCUAUCGGCGCCCCUGGAAGCAGCCCGCACCCUGCCGACAGCGUGCGAGGCCCAGGGACCGGGCAGUUUCGGCACCGUGGUCACCUCUUGGAGUCCCCGCUCUGGUGCCAGGUGGGUGCUGGACACCGGUGAGGGCCGAGCCCCCUCCAUGCUGCGUCCCGUGGGGGAUGCAGCCGGUCCCGGUGCAGCCGCAGCUCCCCGGGUCUGGUUCCUGUGGGCCUCACGGAGCGCCUCGCUCUGCCCGGGUCCGUCUGUCAGCAGCCUCCCCCUGCCCGGCGUGGGCCCGGUGCGGCUCGGUGCUGCGGGUGCCGCCCGUGGCUGUCCCGGUGGCGGCGGCGCUGCGGGCGCUUGGCGCGAGGUGCUGGGCGCGCUGACUCCUCAGGGUCUAACUUUAGCAACUGCAGUAAGGCUGCGCCCAUGCUGGAAUGGGAAGCUCCUCGCCGCGUGGUAUAAAUACAUCUGGCCGCUUCCUAAAAUACCCGGCGGCAGCGUGCUGCCUCCCCCGGCGGUGCUGCUGGCAGCGCGGCGCUCGGCUGCCCUCAGCGCCAGCUCCGUGCCGCUCACACCGCCUGGAAGCCGCCGGCACCGCUGCCCGAAGCUCCUCGCGCUUCCCACGCCGGGUCUCUGCCUGCGCUCUGGGCGUGCCGCUGCUCACUUCCCUUUUUGUGCCUUUUGUGGUUUAGGUUUCCCUGAGUGGCCUCUUUCACACCCCGCCUGUGGCCCUGUGGUGUCCCCCCGGCGCUGUCCCGGUGCUGCCCUCCUGUCCUCAGUGGUGUCCCACCGGUCCCAUGAAGGCCAUGCUGGGAUGGCGCCGUGCGGAGCACUGGGACCAGGGCCUUGCCAGUGCUGGGGGCAGCAGGAGAUGCCCGGCAUGAGCCCAGGCCGUGGUGACAGCAGCAUGGAGUGUGGGGCCCUGUGGGUUGGCCGCUGCCCCGUGCCCCCGCAGCGCCGCCGUGCAGACGUCGGAUCUGGCCCAGCCCGCAGGGUGCUGCCCCGCUGCCUGUGAGCCCCCCCCGCCACGUGGCGUGUCCCCAU